ACCUAGGUACUGGUAGCCGGUAGUCUAAAAUAGAUUGUCUCCACGGCAGUGACCGUCGCAGAGCCAGCGGAGCGUCAUUUGCAAGUGUGCCUAAGGUACCGAUACUGCAAAUAUCUUGGUUUUUACUUAUGGAAAGUAUACGUUCUUCUCGGAAUUACGUUGUACACAUUGCACUUGGUUGUUCUUUUACAAUGCUCUACCAACACUCACAUCACAAAGGGUAAAAGCACACGCCGCUCUUCCAACAAAACAAGUAUGAAGGACUGAAGGACUAGUAUCAGGGUUACAAUCAGCGUGCAAAGUCGGCGUUUAUCCCAAAAGUCUUCCUUUGCUUUGUCAACAGUGGGACCAAACGGCUUCAUUCCGACCUAGGUGAUAGUUGUAACUCCGAUAUAGUAUCGCAAUCUACCUAGUAUGUCAUCAUACAUCCAAUAUCGGGACCGAAUGGUUUGGUAUGUAUCUUCAUAAAUGCUCAUGAAAGACGAUCCAAAUCCCAGUUGAGAGAACAAUUUCACAAUUUCACACUUUAUCAUUUACACAUUAUCGUAUUUUACUUCGUACAUUCCCGUAUCUUUCGAACCACACAGAACUCAUCCAAAAUGGGUCUUCAAUUGGCAUGGAUUGGUCUUGGAAACAUGGGUAGAGGAAUGUGCAAGAACCUCGUCGAGAAAGGAAACCUCGAUAAUCCCCUCAUAAUCUUCAACCGCACGACCAAACGUGCAGAAGAUCUAAGCUCUUCCCUCCCAUCCGGCAAAUCCACGGUCUCUUCUUCCAUUACCGAUCUUGUCUCAAAAUCCGAUAUCAUUUUCACAUGUGUAGGAGAUGAUGCUGCUAUUAACGAGACAAUCGAGGCCGGAAUCAAGAAUGGCGCUGCUGGAAAACUUUUCGUAGAUUGUUCAACUGUUCAUCCAGAUACCACUGAAGAUUUGGCCACGAGGAUUGGUGCUGCUGGAGGUGAUUUUGUUGCAUGCCCUGUUUUUGGUGCUCCUGCUAUGGCGGAAAGUGGCCAGCUUAUCUGCGUACUUGCUGGUCCAAAAGAGUCGGUAGAGAAGGUUAAGCCAUAUACUAAGGGAGUUAUUGGUAAAGCCACUAUUGAUUUUGGUGGACAACCAGUUGGGAAAGCUUCGCUUUUGAAGGUUAUUGGAAACACCUUUGUUUUCAAUAUGGUUGAGACUCUUUCCGAGGGACAUGUUCUUGCAGAGAAAUCUGGAUUAGGUGUCGAGAAUCUUCAUCAAUUCAUCGAGGCUUUAUUCCCAGGUCCAUAUGCCGCAUACUCUGGUAGAAUGUUGUCAGGCGAUUAUCACAAGAGGGAGGACCCGUUAUUUGCUGUCGAUUUAGCUAGAAAAGAUGCAAGACAUGCUAUGACAUUGGCUAAGAGCGCCGGUACUCAAAUGAAGGCUCUCGAGGUCGCAGAUGCUCAUUUGGAGGGAGUUAAGAACCAUAAGGGAGAAGCUGGUGACAUUGCUGCUAUUUAUGGAGCCGUUAGACAAGAGGCUGGCUUGAAAUUUGAGAAUUAGGAAAUGCGAGAUUUGAACUGAUAUUGUAAUUGAUCACAUAAGCAUCGAAAUCAGAACCAAAAAAAUAUGUCUAUAUGUAACAUUCGACUGAAAAUCAUUAGAUCGACAAUAAUCAAUGAAGGAAU